CAUAAUUAAGCCACGAACGAUAUUGGCAACUUUCUAACCUUGACUUUCAUGACUCAAUCGCUCUUAUCCGUGUACCGUGUAUCGUGUAUCUCAUUGGCGUUACCAUAUCUGAUACUCCUACUAUCUACUACACCAUAUUAUAUCAGACUUAUCUAUCCAAGAUCUCUCUUUCAACCAUUACAACUAUGUACGUGAUGAUCCCGGAGAUACUAUGCUUAAUCUGCUCAUACCUCGAUAUUGAGGAUAUCCGCAGAUUCCGACUAUGCAGCAGAGCUUUUGCAGACGCUGGUGCUUGCUUCGCCUUCCGAGAGAUUGUAUUUUAUCUGCAUCACCACGACUUUGAGAUGCUCCGGCACAUUUCUCUGCACCCUAUUGCAUCCAAAAAUGUCCGCUCGCUGGUUUAUGUUGGCCAUACUUUAGAAUCGCCUAAGAAAUCCUUAGAUGAGUUUCGUAGAUACUAUUCUAUCAUUCGAAGCGGAGAAAAGAUCAUAGCCCAGCAUAUGAAUGAAGCACCGCCACCACGUAUAGGAAACCAGCAGCUCCCGAGGCUCUACAAGAAUUACGAUAUCGCUAUGGACGAGCAGGAGAAGAUGCUGAAUGAGGAUGAAGAUAUCUCCUGCCUCAAAGAGGUCAUUUAUCGCUUUUCGUCGCUUCAAGAAAUCACCAUGUCAUCCGACUUUUGGUUUGGGCGUGGCACUCACAAGACUCCAUUUGACGGAUGUCUAGUCUCACCGGCUGAUGAGUUAACACCGAUGGGAUGUCGGCAGCUUGAUUCUCUCCUAUCUGCUGUCUUCGAGGCCAACAUCAAGUUAAAAAGACUUACUGCCGGUGCGUUCAGCUGGCAGUUCUUCCAGAAGCCAGCCGCUGAACUCCGAAGUGCCCUUUCCUUUUGUUCUAACCUUACAUGCCUCGAGCUAUGCAUCGAUACUGGCGAGGAUAAUUUUGAUGACAGCGUUACGGAAGAUCUGCUUGUCGGGACAGAAGUUCCACAGUGUCGCCGUUUAUUAGAAACGGGAUUAUUGCGCGACUUUAUUAAAUCGUUACCUCAUCUACAGACGUUAUAUGUUGUUUUUAACUGGCAUUCGGAACAACACGGAUAUGCUGCACGGCUCGAGGAUAUAAUGGAGCCAAAGCAUAGAUGGGAACAUCUCGAUAGUCUGACCUUGGGAAAUAUUACCUGUGAACGGCAUGACCUAAUGUCUAUGCUCAGAAGACAUAAAGGCACUCUUAAGGAGUUAUGUCUCCGAGAUAUUCGGCUGAGAAGUACGUCAUGGCAGUUGCUUCUCCCCAAAAUUCGGAAGACGAUGAGCCUAGACUAUGCUUGCAUUUGCGGCGAGUUGUAUGGACAAGAGGAAGACGCGCCAUAUGCAGAAUAUUGGGAUCUUUCAUUACCAGAAACCUUCGAGAACCCGCUCCGUGAUGAUGUUAAUGACUACUUGGUCAAUGAUAACAUCAGGCGCUGCCCUCUUAACGAUUACAACAGUUACCUUGAUUGAUGCCUACUAACAAGAGGCGGGAGUGCUACAACUAAGACUGUCUCAUUGAUAACCCUGUUUGAAUCGUCGCGA